UCCACUUUGUUAUUCUCAUCACAAGCAAGCAAAACCAUUAGGCAUUGAAGAAUCAAGAAAACAAAAGCAUCAAAAUGGAUAAAAGUGAGCCAACCAAGAUUGAGAUGGGAGAGAAUAGCAAAUUAGAGAGGAAAGUAGGAAAAGCCCCACUAUUAGGAUCACCUUCUCAUGCUAUUUCAAGUGCUGCAGUUCCAACUAAAAGAGCUGGUAGUUACAAAAGAGGCAUUGCUAUUUUUGAUCUAAUCUUGAGAAUUGCUGCUGUUGCUACUUCCAUUGGUGCUGCUGUUGGCAUGGCUACUGCUGGUGAAACUCUUCCAUUCUUUACUCAGUUCUUUCAAUUCGAAGCUGGCUACGACGAUCUUCCUACUUUUACGUUCUUUGUGGUAGCUAUGUCAAUUGUGGUUGCCUAUCUAGUCCUCUCCAUACCGUUCUCUAUAGUGUGCAUUGCGCGCUCUCAUGUCGUUGCUCCAAGGCUCCUCCUCAUCAUCUUUGACACCGCGAUUGUGACAUUGACAACAUCAGCAGCAGGGGCAUCAGCUGCCAUAGUGUACUUAGCACACAAUGGUAACCAAGAUGCUAAUUGGCUUGCAUUUUGUAACCAAUUUGGUGAUUUUUGCCAAACAACUAGUGGAGCUGUGGUGGCUGCCUUUAUCACUAUUGUCCUCUUGCUCAUCUUGAUUCUUUUGUCUGCUAUUGCUCUUAACAGAAGACAUUAAUCAAGAUGCAACGACCAAAAAAAUAUUGUAAUUUAUUUUAAUCUUUGUAUUUUCCUUCAUGUUACUUUUGUAAUUUGUACCUUUGUUAAAGUGUCCAUUUAGUCUGAUAUGUUUUCAUUUUGGGUGAGGGGGAGUGUGUGCUUGUAUUGUUGUGUUGGUGUCCCUAGCUUUAAAUUUCAUUAAAAAAGGGAAAGACAAAAAUUAUAACAUUACAAUUGGUGAACUACUGAAAUUUUUAUAUUUUGAUUUGUAACUUUCUUGUGGGUUUUUCUCCCUCUAUUCAAAAUUAAAGAUAUAUGUAUUCUUUUUACCAUGUCUAUACAAAUUCUCUUGAUAUCUAAUUUGUGGUAAGUCACGUUCCGCAGAGAUGUCGAACUUGCAUAUUGUAAAUCACGCUUAGCAACUACAACUUAUAACCCAACUCUAUCCCCAAAUCCACAACCAAAUUCCACUAAUCGAGAAAAUUUUAAUAGACCUCAACUUUCAACUGAUUAGUGAGAGUUCCCAUUUCCCCUUUCUAAUUCCCUCCCUCAUUUCUGGAGGUGCGUAUUGGUCGGUUUCGUUUGAUUUUGUGCAUUAUCAAUUUGAUUUAUUGAUUUUCGAUUUGUAAACACGCUAAAUCAAUAACCGAAUCAAUAAGAUAUUUUGGUCUUUAUUGGAUCGUUUUCGAUUUAACUAAUAAGAAAAUACUCCGAGUUUUGAACCAAAAUCAUCCUUAUUAUUUCACCCAAACUUUAACUUCAUCCUUAUAAUAUUUCACUUUAACUUGAAACAUUCUUUAAAUUUUAAAAAACUUGACCAAAAACAUACCUCUGUUAUAUUUUCCAUCCAUUCCUAAGGGAAGAUUGUUUAUUCAUGUGACACAUUUCUUUCUUCUUCCAUAUCUAAUUCUAAGGGGAGUAUUAUACGACACAAGCUUCUGUCUUUUUUUUUUUUUUUUUGGAGAGUUUUCAUUCUCUCCCCUCCAAAGGGCCAUAGAAAUUAAAAUUAUCUUCUCCAGUGAAAUUUGUCCUAUGUGUAGCUUUAUUUGUUGUGAUAUUUUGUGGUUAGUAUGAUAGGAGUAAAUAAUAGUAAUAAAAUCAUGGUAUAUUUAAUUGAUAGAAUUA